ACUACUUCGUGGUGACCGCGUCCAGACACGCAUGCGCAAGAAGACGUCCCUGCGAACAACACUCAGUGCGUAAUCUACGAUGUAGCUCUGGCGACUUUGGGACGGCGCAAAAAUGUUUCGUUCCGUUGCACUUACUCGCAAUGUUCCUCAGGGACUACUGUCCCUGGUGUGUAACAAUGUGGCAGCUACAGGAUACACCGCUGCUGCCAAGACUCAGGUUAAACACAUGGCCACAGAGUCAUCCGUGCAGGAGACAAAGUUUCCAUUGCCAGAGAAACCCAAAGUCGAGCCUUACAGUCCCUUUCAGAAUACCAAUAAUAUGGCAGAAUAUGCCCUAGCCAGAGUGGAUGAUUUGUUGAAUUGGGGACGCAAAGGAUCACUGUGGCCGAUGACUUUUGGUUUAGCCUGUUGUGCAGUGGAGAUGAUGCAUAUAGCAGCACCGAGAUAUGAUAUGGACAGAUUCGGUGUUGUAUUCCGUGCUUCUCCUCGUCAAUCAGACUGUAUCAUAGUUGCUGGUACAUUGACGAAUAAAAUGGCAUCUGCUUUAAGAAAGAUCUAUGAUCAGAUGCCUGAGCCACGAUGGGUCAUCUCAAUGGGCAGUUGUGCAAAUGGAGGCGGAUAUUAUCAUUAUAGCUACUCUGUGGUUAGAGGUUGUGACAGGAUUAUACCUGUGGACAUUUACGUGCCUGGUUGUCCCCCAACGGCUGAGGCAUUAUUGUAUGGAGUUCUCCAAUUACAGAAGAAAAUAAAACGAAUGCAAAAUGUGCAAGUCUGGUACAGAUCGUAAUAUAUAAUAUAUAUGUUUGUAGCAAUUUGUGUAUAGGCUACUUAAAAGCUGUAAACUAAGUGACAUAAUUAUGUGGUAGAUAUACAAUAAGUCAUGAGAAUGUGAUUGACCAAAUAAAUCGCAUUUGAGAAAAUAAACUUUGUUCCAUAUCGA